CAGAGGGGCCUGUGUCCAGCAGGGGAGGAGCUGUGCCAGGAGGCAGGGCACAGGAGGCAGGGAAGGUGGGUCAGAACCACAGGGGGCCCCCAGCCCAGGGCCCUCCCACCCUGCAGCCCACACAGGAGGAGGUGGGGCCUCAGCUGACAAGGCUGGGAGAUCACAGAUGAGGGACUUUCCUGAAGCAGGAGCCCUCUGAGCAGAAAGGCAGAGCCAGCACUGGGGGCAGAUACCAGCAGAGAAACAGCCCAGCAGGAGGACAACGUCAUGGAGCCCUGGUCCAGCAAACCAAAGGACAGAUUACAUCCCAACACCUACAUGUUUAACUUCCACAACCUGCUACUUGCCCCUGUGCAGAACAACACCUACAUCUGCUUCCAGGUGGAAGAAAGAAAGUACAACUCUCCCAAGGCCUAUUACUGGGGGGUCUUUCGAAACCAGCCCUCCCACCUCCACCAGGUCUACCCGGAGGAGCCUCUCCAUGCAGAACAGCGUUUCCUCUCUUGGUUCUAUGACACACUUCUGUCUCCUCAUGGGGACUACUUUGUCACCUGGUACAUGUCCUGGAGCCCCUGCUUCGAGUGUGCAGAGGAGGUGGUCAGCUUCCUGGGGGAGCACGAGAACGUCAGCCUGAGAAUGUCCGCCUCCCGCCUGUACAAACGUGACGACCAGGACCAGCAGGAGGGGCUUCGACUACUGGACCAGGCGGGGGUCGAGGUGGCCAUGAUGUCUCCCGAGGAUUUUAAAUACUGUUGGGACAACUAUGUGGACAACCGUGGAAGGUCCUUCACGUAUUGGAAGGGUAUCCGUGGAAAUUAUUACGCUCAGGAUCACACCCUUGAUAAAAUCCUCUGCAGGGGAUGACCUCAGGGUCCCAGGGGGCUUCCCGAGCCUGUUGCAGAAGGAAGACCGUGUCCCAGGGAGCCCAGCCCAGCUGCGGCCACUGGUCUGAUAAGAAGAGGCCAGGUCUGAGCUGGAGGGAACACAGGCUUCUCUCCAGGUCUCCGAAGCCGCCAUCCCCCUCUUCCAGCGGCAUAAAAACGCCGAAUUUCCGGUUGUCGGAGAAGAGAACUUGGAGAGGUUGGCUCUCCUCUUCUCUCCCUUCGGCUGAAUCCAAUAAAGCCUCAGUGACCGCA